UACCUUGCUUACCAACACCGCCAACAUCAAAGUACGCAUGCGCAGAAUACAUUUCAGAAUCAUGAUCGGUGUUUUGCUGUUUUACGCGUUCUAUCCGCUAACUUGGUUCUUGUUCCGUCGACCGUCAGAGGCCUCGAAGAGAAGUGUUCCUCAGUCAGUUAAUGGCACAACAGUGUGGGAUGGUGAUACUGUCACACUUGGGAGCACCCAGUCUGAAACAACCAUGCAGGAUCAGAGUGGAGAGACGAAGGAAAGGCUAAAAGAACCAGUGCCUCAGAAAAACAUUCCAAGUCCCAACACGGAUGAGGAAAACCUGUCGGCUGUCCUGCAGAAGGACAUGAGGAUUGACGCAGCUGCAGAGACAAGUGAAAUGCAGACUACAGUGGAGGAGGAAAGAGAAGAUCCCAAAAUGGGAGAUGGGGAAAAGGUUGUCUUCCGUGACGUUAUACAUGACAGUCAGAAUGAGAAAGAAAUAAGCACUUCUUCAGGCGAUAAUGUCGAUGUUCUGUUAAAACACCUGACGUUGGAGGGAAGCACGGAAAAAACCAACUGUCCUGAAAAGAAUCAAAGCAAGACUGAAAACAGUAAGGAAAUGCUUCAAGCGUCCAACACUGACACGUCAAAGAGUCCAGAUGAGUGCUGGGAUGAUUAUAUAGUUACCACUGGUAACCCCCUUCUCUCCAACUCCCAAACAUAUCUUAAAAUUGAUGAGCAACAUGAUGCACAAACCGGCUGGCACUUUCCCAUUGGACCUGGCCUAGCACAAGAAGUUUUUUGCCCACAGUGGAGCUUUCCUGCUGCAAGUUAUUACGCCACUGUGGAGCCAACUGUGCCCUUUGAAGUGAUGUGGAGAGUGUGGGAGGACUUGGAUGCUGAUUCUGAGAGCGUUCUGACCCCGAUCACAAUCAAAAAGGCCUCUCUGGACUUCACUGUCAUGUCUUACAACAUCCUUGCCCAAGACCUUUUGGAGCUGAACCAGCAUCUGUACGCACACUGCCCCCUAGAGGUGCAGCAGUGGAGCUACCGCUGCAACCUGCUCUUGAAUGAAAUCGAAAAAUGGGCACCAGAUAUUUUGUGUCUGCAGGAGGUUCAGGAGAACCACUACCAUGAACACCUGCAUCCUCUCCUUUCUCAGAUGGGCUACACCUGUGUGUACCAGCGGCGUACAGGAACAAAGACCGAUGGCUGCGCUGUUUGCUAUCAAGGCUCACGCUUCGCCGAAGCCACCGUUUCCAAGCUGGAGUUCUUCAGACCUGAGACCGGGCUGUUGGACCGGCACAACGUGGGCAUCGUCCUGCUGCUUCGCCCGCUGGUCACCACAGAAGCAGAGGUCAAGGAGGCCGGCCCGUCCCUCUGCGUGGCCAACACACACCUGCUCUUCAACCCCAGGCGAGGCGACGUGAAGCUGGCCCAGUUGGCAAUAAUGCUGGCAGAAAUCGAUGCUGUGAUACAGUCCUGCAAGGCCAGAGGUGAACACUGUAAUGUUGUCUUCUGUGGAGACUUUAACUCUGUCCCACACCUGCCUCUGUACCAGUUCAUCACCACUGGUGAGCUCAGCUACCAGGGUCUGCCAACAUGGAUGAUUUCGGGCCAAGAGGACCUGUCCUAUAAGCCCAGUUAUCACAGACUGUUUGCUCCUCUGUGGCCCAGCUCUCUGGGGAUCUCAGACACCUGCCAGUACACAGCAGAUAUCAAUAAAACACAAAGUCAGAAUUCAGGGACUCGUGGCUACUCACAUGAAUUCAUGCUUCAGCUGCGCUUCUGUGCAGCCGCAUGUGUUCGUCCUGAGAACCUGGCCCUGAUUCCUGGAGUAACCGACAACAAACCAGAUACUUCAGAGGACGCUCAACAUUAUGAGAAAAGGUUCAGAGACCGUCUCAGGCAUCAGGUGGACUUGGAGUCUGUCUAUAAACACGUCCUUCCUGGUUCUGGCUGUCCAGAGGUCACGACCCUGCACUCUGAGGGUGGGACUACUGUAGACUACAUUUUCUAUUCUCCAAAACGUACUUUGACCAAAAAACAAAGAGCUUAUAAAACGUCUGCAGGAAAAGGCCUGAAGCUUGUUGGUUCGCUCUCUCUCCUGUCUGAGGACUUCUUGUGGUCAAUGAAUGGACUUCCCAAUCACAUAUUACCUUCGGAUCAUCUCAGCCUGGUGGCUCGAUUCCAGCUGGAGCUUGAUGACGCAUGAAAAAAUAGAAGUUAAAUGUUGAGUUGUAAGAGCUCACUUUGUUUUUUAGUGUAGAAAUAAUGAACCAUUUUGUUCAUAACACACGUUUGUAGUUUUUAUUUUUUUGUACAAUACUCUCCAAUGAUCUCCAAUGAAUGGAAGUAGAAGUUUGAAUAAAUAUUUUUCAGGUAUGCAUGGCUUGUGAUUCAGCCCAUCGUCAAUAAAACCUGCUGCUGUUUAAUCCUCA